AUGUUGACACCCGGCCUCGAGCCGCUCACCGAGAAGUUUAAUAGCAAUGAGGGCGAUAUCAGCACCUGGAUCCUAACGGCACCAACCUUCUGGACCUCGGCCGCAGCUUUCAUCGCGGUCGCUGCUACGGACGUUUGGGGUAGGAGACCAUUCUACAUCUUGGCUGUCGUCAUGAUGGCAUUAUUCCAAUUUGCUGGCUUCUUUUCUACGACGUUCCCCAUGCUUGCGAUUGCUCGUACGGCUGGUGGUAUGUUUUCGGCGCCAUUGUUCACGCUUCUCACCGCAACCAUUAGCGACAUCUUCUUUGUGCACCAGCGCGGCAAGUCGAUCGCUGUCUGGAACUUAAUGUUGAACUCUGGCGCACAGGUUGGUCAAAUCUUUGCUGGUUUCAUCACCGACAAAUUCGGUGUAAUGGCGAACUUCCUCAUCACCGCUCUAAUCUUCGUGGCCCUGAUCCCCGUCUUCUACCUCUCAAUCUUCGAAACCGCCUACUUCGACCGCAAAACUGAAGAUGUCACGACGAUCCAUGUCCAAGCCAACAAAUUGAGCGACGAAUAUGACGAGGAGGACCUCAAAGCCUCCAUCCUCCCCGCCAAAAUGACAUACGGCCAGAAGCUAGCCGUCACCCGUGGUCGGCUUUCAAACAAGUCAUUCUUCAAGGGCAUCAUUAAGCCUUUUGGACUUCUCUCCUCCCCCAUUGUCUUCUACAGCUGCUUCCUCAACGCCACAGUCUUCCUCUUCCUGGCCGGUAUCUCGACCUUCAUGUCGAUCCUGCUGUCUUCACCUCCGUACGACCUGACCCCAAGUCAAAUCGGACUGACCAACUUGCCGCUAUUCGUAGUGGGUCUUUUCUCUGGCCCCUUUUUCGGCUGGCUGUCCGACGCCUCGGUCAACCUGAUGGCGCGCCACAACGGAACGACCAAAGGCAUGGCUGAGCCCGAGUUCCGUCUUCUCUUGCUCAUCAUCACGAUUCCAAUCACCAUGGCCGGACUCAUCGGACUCGGCGAAGCAUUCGAGAACAGUCUUCCCCUUGUGUGGGUCCUCGUUUGGAUGACCGUCACCAAUGUCGGCAGUGUUGCUGUUGUUCAAAUCGCUAUCGCUUAUGUUAUUGACUGUCACCCCGACCACUCUGCCCAGGCUUUCUCCUCCAUCAAUAUGAUCUCCGCAGGCGCCGUUACCGUCGUGCUCAACCCACUGAUUGGCUUGCUCGAGACCCAGGGACCCAUGUAUGUAUUCGGCUUGAUGGCGGGUGCGGCCGCAAUCGUUACUGUCAUGGCACUGCCCCUGUACGUGUUCGGAAAGAAGAUCAGGGCGUGGUAUGAGAGUGCCGCCUGGGCGCAGAAGCUGUUGGAUUAG